AUGUACAGAAGGCAUAAACUCGCUGCUAACGUCGUUGUGGAGAAGCACUCGUACGAAUUGUUUGUAGCUGAAUUGGCGAAGGCUUCAUACACCCAAGCUGUGUUGGAAAAGAGGAAAACAAUACAGACAAAAGAUAUCGAUAGAGCGAUAUCAUCGAAAGCCGUUUUUGAGUUCCUCGAAGGUACACUAAGUGAUUGGCCUGAAACUGAAUCCUCAAAAGGAAUCUCGCAGACACAAGUCAGCACUGAGAGGAAUCUCGCAGACACAAGUCAGCGCUGA